CAGUUGGCUGUAUAUAUAUAGUGAAUUACUUAACUUGUAGUUGUUUGGGGUCAGGAGAAAAUGGGUAAGUUCCAAAGGGUCUGUGUCUUCUGUGGAAGUAAUUCGGGGAACAGAAAAAUAUUCAGCGAUGCAGCUCUUGAUCUGGGAAGAGAAUUGGUGGUGAGGAAGAUGGAUUUGGUCUAUGGAGGAGGGAGUGUUGGGCUGAUGGGAUUGGUUUCUCAGACAACUUUUGAUGGUGGAUGCCAUGUUCUUGGAGUUAUCCCAAGUGCACUUAUUCCUAUUGAGAUAUCUGGUCAUGCUGUUGGAGAAGUGUUGAUUGUCUCAGAUAUGCACGAAAGGAAGGCUGAAAUGGCUCGUCGAGCUGAUGCUUUUAUUGCACUUCCGGGUGGGUAUGGAACCAUGGAAGAGUUGCUUGAGAUGAUAACAUGGUCUCAGCUUGGAAUCCACGACAAACCAGUGGGUCUCUUAAACAUUGAUGGAUACUACGAUUGCUUGCUUGGAUUGUUUGACAAAGGAGUGGAAGAAGGAUUUAUUAAACCGCAUGAUAGGAAUAUUAUCAUAUCUGCAAAUACUGCUCGGGAGCUGAUACAGAGGAUGGAGGAAUAUAUACCUACGCAUGAUCAAGUAGCACCAACACAAAGUUGGUGCAUGGAAGAAAACUAAAAUGCAAAUUCUUAGCCGUUCCCUUCUUGUUUGCCCUCUAAGAGGAGAAGGGGAAGGGCUUAUUGUAAUGGCAUCCUUCUAAAAGGUGCUAAUGGCUGGUUCCGUGAUAUUCCAAAAGGUCAAGGGUGCUCAUUGUUGCAGAAAUCCUUUGGGAUUUGUGCUAGAUAGAUUGACAGCACAAACUGAACUUAUUUUACUUGAAAUGGAAUAAAAAGAUAGUAUACAUUCAGCAUGGCUUGAAGGCUGUGAUGUACUUUA